GAGUCUAGAAGAAUCUUGUGGACUUUGAUAAAGGAGUCUUGCAGCCUGUUGCUACAUCUCUUUGUCUUUGUUUUAUUUAAUUAUUGAUUAGAGAAGCAUCUACAGCUGUCAUCCAAUUCAUUAACAAUCAGGUUAUGGAUUGUUGAACGCCUCCAUCAACAAAUAAGCAAAGAGUUCCACCAGAGAUCAUCAUGGGAAAACAGAACAGCAAGCUGCGGCCCGAAGUGAUGCAGGACCUGUUGGAAAGUACUGACUUCACUGAACAUGAGAUCCAGGAAUGGUACAAGGGUUUUCUGAGGGACUGCCCCAGUGGAAAUCUCUCAAUGGAAGAGUUCAAGAAGAUAUAUGGAAACUUUUUUCCUUAUGGAGAUGCCUCCAAGUUUGCAGAACAUGUUUUUCGCACGUUUGAUGCUAAUGGCGAUGGCACAAUAGACUUCCGGGAGUUUAUCAUUGCUCUGAGUGUGACAUCACGGGGAAAGCUUGAGCAAAAGCUUAAAUGGGCUUUCAGUAUGUACGAUCUGGAUGGCAAUGGGUAUAUCAGCAAGUCUGAGAUGCUGGAAAUUGUACAGGCCAUUUACAAGAUGGUAUCCUCAGUAAUGAAGAUGCCUGAAGAUGAGUCAACACCAGAGAAGAGAACAGAAAAAAUCUUCAGACAGAUGGACACAAACCGCGAUGGAAAACUGUCACUGGAGGAAUUUAUUAAGGGAGCAAAGAGUGACCCAUCCAUUGUGCGGCUGUUGCAGUGUGAUCCCAGCAGUGCAGGCCAGUUCUGAUUGCGGGACCUCAUCUCAGAUGUCCGUCACCCUAAAUUCCACAAAAAUGUAUUUAUAUUUUAGUUUUUAUUUCAGUUGUUAAUUGCUAUACCUCUCUUUUCUCCAGACUGUUUGUAUAACUGGGACUGACCCCUCAUGUAUGUCUAUGCCUAUGUUUGGGUCUCUGGCAGCCGUACUCUAUCAACUUUUUCUCUGUGUGGCAACUUGUAAACCGUUAAAGGUUUGGUUCAAUAUUUUGGACAUAGGACCUCAUUUCCAUGUUAGCAGGUGUGAUAUUUAUCAGUGGAGACCGUGUUCAACACAUUUCAUCUAGUCCUUCUAGUUGCAGAGUUCGCAGGUGCUAGGCUAGCGCAAGUCAUCAGUAUGUGUUAGCCUGCCACUGAAAACAGUUUUACCCACUCCACAGUACACCCAAGGCAAAUAAAUUAUAACGCCAGGCUAUCAAUGUAAAUGUCUCUGUUGAUUUCUAACAUUAUUCUAUCUUUGCAUUUCAAUGAUCGCAUUACAUUUUGAGGGACUAGUUUCUUAGCAGCAGCGGAAUUAUACUUUCUCCGGUUAGUAGUACUGCGCCCGAACUUCAGGGAACAAAGUAUAACUAUUGCAAUGUGAUGCAAGGGUAGUUUUAUUUCUAACACUAUUCUAUCAACACAGACAUUGACAUGGAUUGUCUGGCAUUAAAAUUUAUUUGCCGCGGAUGUACUUUGGAGUGGAUAAGACUGACAGGCUGACACAUACUGUUGACUUGCGCUAGCCUAGCACCUGUGAACUCGGCAACUAGAAGGACUGGAUGAAACAUGUUGAAAACGGUCUCCACUGAUAAAUAUCACACCUGCUAACUUCGAAAUGAGGUCCUAUGUCCAAAAUCCUGAACCACCCCUUUAAGACACAGUCAUAAAGAUAUGUUGUUAGCCAAAGCUAAUUGACUGUGUUUGCACUCUAAAUUGGGAUCCGUAGAUGAAUGUGAAUGACAGCCAAGCACUGUUGAAGAGAAGAAGUUCCAGCCAAGUUGAUAGUUUUUAGUUUAUUAAAAAAAGGAGACUUUAUAGGAUUAUAGGAGAUGAAAUGUAAUUUUACUGAGAAAGUAUUAACAGGAAAGAAUGGCUUUCAUUAUGAGGUUCAUUAUUAUUUUUUUGCCAAGAUCUUGUAUUAAUGACAGGAGACUCAACCUUCUGUGAAGACUUCUUCAGCAUAUCACAAAGACUUUCAAUGAAGUUUAAUUUAAGACUGUGUGGUGGCCAAUUCAUCUGUGAAAAUGGUUCCUCCUCCUCCUCCCCAAACCUCUCUUUUUGCUAGGGGGCAUAAACGUUUGACUUUGGAAGGUUGGAUAAGUCCCAAUCACAUUAUUUUGGACCCACUCACUUUGAGUUUUUAUGGGCGCUUCCAUAUCAAAUCCAUUCCACUUCACUUUGUUAGGAGAAUUCCCAGAUGAAUGAAGAUCCAUGCCACGUUUUCACUGCAACCUUGUGUUCCGGCAGAUUUCGAUUGCACCCACAAUACAGGCACAAAGCGCAACCACGGAGCACAAGCUAUGAGCACAAGUAGUGUUAAUUGAGAAGUAUGGCUAGCCUAUUCUGUAGCUUGAAUGUAAAUAAAGCUGAAGUUUUAUUUUGAGCACUUACUUGACCUCAAUCAUUGGACUAAAAGAAGAGAGUUAUGGUCCAAAUAACAGACAGACCACUUACCAAAUUUCAAUUCAUGGUAGGUUAUAAACACACAUUAAACAUGGUCAAGGAAAAGUGAAUGGGGCAACAAAAUGCCACGGUAAAUGUAAGGACUACCUUAUUCUCUUCAGUUAACCUAAGAAAUGGGCGAUUCAAGUAACAUUUCCAUUGCCGCUUUACCUGUCCAGUUUAUGAGAUUUUAUUCAGACAUUUUAGCAAUUGUCUAAAAUGGGAUUGCCUUUCUAUAAUAACGAUAACAAAGUAUGCCAGACCUCCGUGUACAGUGUUACAGUCCAGGCAACAAAGAAAUGCUAAAUGAAUGUUGUGUCUUUGCUAAUGUCUGGAUAGCACCCAGGUUGCCUGCUGUAGAUCAGGCGGGGUCAGGACAAGGAAAAAAUAGCAUUUCUAUGGGCUUUUGUGUAACUGUGCGAACUGUCCAUGAAUACUUAAAUUAAUAGCAAUGAGUACAUACAGUCUUUGUUUAACAGUAACAAUAGCCCUACUGUAUGCAAUGUCUAAGUUUAAAUAGUGGUUUAUACCCAAACACCCUUUUUACCCUACUCCAUAGUUAUGGGCAUGUAAGGAUAUGAAAUAGAGCACAUGAAGCAAUGCACCUGUCAUGUACAGUACCCACUGUACAAGCCUCUGGAGACCGUUUUAUAAUCUGAGGUUGGCUCAGUUGGUCAGCUCUAGGCUCAGCAACAUUAUGCUAUCAAAAGAUUUCAGAUGACCUAAAUGCACUAAAUGACCAGGUAACCCCAUCAAUGCUUUUUUCUUCCCUGACGGCAGAGGCAUAUUCCAGAACGACAAUGUCACAAUUUAUUAAUCUGUCUCAAAUUAUGGAAAAGCGGUUCACAGUUCUGCCUUUAAACCCAUUGAAAGUCUUUGCUGGAGAAGCCCAGUGGUUCGCCUUUCCUGUCAUCUAGACAAGAUCUUGAUACAAAAUUAAUGCAACUCUGAAUGGAAAUAAAUGUUUUGUAAGGGUCCAACGAAAUAUUAGUGUGCAACUUUUGUUUUGGCCAUGCAGUGUAUGUUAAUGCCUCAAUUACUGUAAAUCUGUUCAGUCAGCUGUUUAGAUUUGUAGGGAUUAUGAAAUUGAUAGAAUCUCUUAUCAAUUCUCUUAUGCUUAGGUUAUGUUUACAUGGCAUGUUUUUUACCUGUAUCUAUUUUUUUUCCGAUUUGAUACACCCACAGAAAAGUGUGACUCGAAGCCAAUUUAUACAAGUCCGAAAUUGACUUCUUGAAAAAAAUGUGUUUUUUUAAAAAAAAAGUGUUCUCAUAAGUGUAGACUUGUGAGUGCACUGCUGUCAUGGCUGCACAUGAGGGUUUUUUUUUUUUUGCAUGUCAUAAAUAGCACAGUGAUUUCUUUUUUUUAAGUCAUGCAGCACAAGAGAAAGAAAGUUUUGCCUGGGUGUGUGUAUCAGUGAUUUUUGAUGGCUGAAAGUUUAGAAUGAUGUCCAUGAAUAGAGUGCAACGUUUCAGUAGUGAUAUAAAAAGCCUUGAUAAUGUGACAAACCAUGAAUUGUGUAGGGAAACAUUUGAUUUGAUUUGACAGUUUAUGCACAUACAAACACUUUUCCUACCAUUGACACAAAUGACUUUGGAAUUUCAUGUACCUCCAAAUCAUCAUCUGUGUGGAUACACAUCAGUUGCAUGAAUUCAUAUCUAAUUCAUAUAUAAUGCAUUACCUCAUGUUGAUAAGAAGGUAUCCGGUUCCAUGUGCUUCUGUCCUGUUUACACUGGCAUGACUUUUAUGAUCAGUGCCAUUUGUGAGCAAAAAAUUGGAGUUGGGUAACAUUUACCAUUCAGUGUAAAUAGCCUUAGAUGUCUUGAGAAUGCAUAUGCUUGAAAGUGCUUUUUAUGCAGUACAUACAGGUUUGAUUACCUAUAAGUAUUGUUUAAAACUGUUAACAUAUUUCACCCUUGCCAGUCUGAAGGACAAUAAAAGGUAUUUCAUAGACUUUUUUCCUAUGCUCAAAUAUGAAAAAUGUCAAUGCAGAGGCAGAACAACAUGUCUUUUAUUCAUGCUAAAAUUACUAUUUUAUUGUAAGAAGACUGAAGUAUGUUUAUGAAAUAGCCUAACUUUGGGUUGUAAACUCAUAUGAGUUUGUGUGGGUGUAAAUUUGUUUGUUCAUCAAGUUGUUGUAAUCAAGUGUUGGUAUGCCAACCAGAGGACAAUAAGAAGUCAAAAGACAAAACAAUCCCAAUCCUUUGUAGUGCAUUUUUGUUGCAUGUGCUAUUGAAAUAUUGUUUGUACAGAUUUGUUUUUGUAAGGUAAUUAAAAAAGAUAUUUAGUUGUCUUGUUUGCAAUGGAGGUUAGUAUGCUGAGAUGCCACUCUGCAACAUCAUUAUCUACUACUGGGGACAUGGCAGAACAGCAAAAAGAAAUUUCAGCCCCAUGCACCACAACUACUGUUUUAUAGAAAAGUGAAAUUAAAGCAGAAACUGCUUUUGUGGUUACAAAGAUCUUCGCAGAUUGCAAAAUAUAGGGUUUCAUCUGACAUUGUUAAUUGCAAGAAUUCAACACCCUGUGGAUUCUGUGGUAUUGAAGGCCCUAGUUAGUUAUGUUGUUCAUAGGUUACAUGUACAUCCUUGACACCUUUGUAAAGGGUAGAGAACUGGUUUUAAAGAGCCACGAUCAAAUACAUUGCUCUUAUGUAUGUCAUUUCAUUUUGAUUUCUGUUAUUUAGUUGCAAGAUAUUAUAGGCCACCAUUUUCCAGAUAAUACCCCAAUGCUUUCUCAAAUAACAGGCAAAGUUCUUCACACUUCAACUCUUACCACCAUCUUUAGGGGAUAAUGUCAUAUGCAUAUUGUAUGCAAAUGUUUUGGCUCCUCUAAGGAAAUUGCCAAAGUGAAAAUAAGGAAAGAACCCAUGUAGCAAACAAGCAAUUGGGUUUUCUUCAAAUCAUAAUGUAACGUAACUUUUAUUUUAUAAAUUCAAAACCUGUAAAGGUUGGGUGCCCAAUUCAGAGGUUAGCAACACGUCUUUGACAGAAAUAACAGCCUGCAAAUAGAUACCUGAUAUCAUUAUCACUGAUCAUGAAUAUCCACCCACUCUUCCUUGUUUAUGGUGUCUUGUGUGCACAUUAGGCUUAAAGAUUUUCUCUAUGCUCUGUGAGUUAUUUUUUAUUUAUAUUUUUGUCAUUGUCUUCCAGACUUCAGGUUCUUGACUGUAUAAAAUGCACAUCCAGGAUAUACUCUGUGUGUAUCCAUAUGAGAAUAGUUAGUAAUGUGCAAAUCAGCUGAAGUCUGCAUACUUAAUCAUUGUUGAAUUUAAGUAUGAGUUCUUUUCAUUACCAUGAUACUUUUUUCUCUCCAAACACACAUGUGCCUCUCUUGUCCACCUGUGCUUAUAUCCCUGGCUUGUUUAGCCAUUUCAACAGUACAUUUAGAUCAUUGUGAAAUGCAAGACAGAAAUGCUUUGAUUUUUUUGCUGCUUUGUUGCUUAGAAGACCCCGUGUUUGAAGUGUCAGAUAAUUGAAUUUUCCUCAGAACUUUCAUAAUUGGGCAAUUACGAAUCACAAGUUUUGAUCUAAUGUGCAAGUACAUUUGAAUUUGUUUCUGACUGUUUGCUAAAGGGGUUGUUUGACUCGUUUCAUUCAGAAGCAGGUGUCUUGCCCUGGAAUGUUCAGACUUUUUUUUAUACCCAAACUUCUAAAUCUAUGUUGUUGUUGGUUGUGGUCGAGUUACCCGAGUUGCUUAUGAGGGACUAGAAAGUAUUAUGAAACUCUCAGUUGCACAAAAAUGCAUAUUACAUUUUGAGAUGCUUGUAUAACUUUGAGAGUGCAUGAUAAAAGCACAGAUGAUAAACUGCAGUGGCUUCAUGGUGUAUGCUUUUGUUUUAUUAUUACAAAUAGCUAGUAUAAUUCUAUAUUGCACACAUCUGGUGCCAAAUACAAAACAGUAUUGUAACAGAACUGUACAUUGUACAAUAGCCAUUUGUUGAAAAUGUUUGUAAUUGUUAUAUUUUGUAGAGUUUGUAACUUUGUAUGGUCCUGUUUUUUUAGAUUUGAAACCUUGUACUCUGGUGUGGGUAUCAUGUUUGAUUAAUGAAUUGAUUAAAAUACCAAUUGUUUUGUGCACAA